UCACAUGAAGCUAGCUGGCUGUGCAGUGCAGUGCUCUUCCCUUUUUCGUGAAAACAAAGACAGAAAGAAGCAAAUAGCCUGCUAAUACUACUAAACUAUAAUGGCUACCUCUUAUCCGAAGACCAUCUUUCUUGGGACCAUGACAAUGUUGGCGAUUGUGUCACUACCCUUGGUUUCCAGCAGGGGUGCGUUCAGGGCGAUGUUCCACCCCAACCCACCUGCAUAUGCCAAGCAGUCAAAGGUCGAUCCUGGGCAGCCUUUGUUUUUAACACCAUACAUAGAGUCUGGGCAAAUAGCUGAAGGUCAGAAACUGAGUCGUGUUGGACCCCUUGAUGGCACUACAGUAGAAAGUUAUUCAGGAUUUCUGACUGUCAACAGCACCUACAAUAGUUCAAUGUUCUUCUGGUUCUUCCCGGCCCAGAACAAUGACCCAUCAGCUCCUGUGUUGCUAUGGUUACAAGGAGGUCCAGGAGGCUCCUCCCUCUUUGGACUAUUUGCUGAGAAUGGUCCCUUUCUUGUCACAAAAGAUCUAAAAUUGCAACCCAGAAAAUGGGCAUGGACUCAGAAGUAUUCUAUGCUGUAUAUAGAUAACCCAGUUGGGACUGGUUUUAGUUUCACUCAGAAUGAUGCUGGGUACGCAAACAACGAGGAGGAUGUAGCAGUCAACCUGUACAGUGCCUUGACACAGUUUUUCCAGCUGUUUCCUAAACAUCAGAAGAAUGAAUUCUAUGCGACAGGAGAGUCGUAUGCAGGGAAGUACGUACCAGCCAUCUGUUAUAAGAUCCAUACCGAGAACCCGACGGCUAAGGUCCACAUCAAUCUACAAGGAAUGGCCAUCGGAGAUGGUCUCGUUGACCCCUACUCGAUGUUUCAAGGGUAUGGUGACCUGAUGUAUCAGACGAGCCAGGUGGACCUGAAGCAGAAGAAAGUUGUUGAUCAAUACACCUCCAAGGGAACCGACUAUAUUAAUCAGGGGAAAUGGCUGGAAUGUUUUGAGCAAUUUGACAUAGUGCUGAACGGAGACCUGUUUCCAUAUCCUACUUUCUACUACAAUGCUACAGGAUCCAAUAACUACUACAACUUCAUGAUGACAACUCUUCCAGCAGACACAAACUACUACAACGACUACCUGGCUUUUCCCGAGGUGAGACGAGCCAUCCAUGUUGGCAACCUCACCUACAACGACGGCACCAAGGUGGAGAACCACCUCAGGGAAGAUAUCUGCAAGAGCGUUAAAGACUGGACUGUGGUUCUGGCUGAUAACUACAGGUGCAUGUUCUACAGCGGUCAGCUGGACAUCAUAGUCGGAGCAGCCCUCACCGAGAACUUCCUUCAAGGCUUAGCAUGGGCUGGGCAAGAUGGCUACCUCAACUCCAAUAAAACAAUCUGGAAAGUCCACCCAAGUGACACGGAAGUUGCAGGUUUUGUCAGGCAAUACAAGGACUUCUACCAGGUGACUGUACGAGGGGGCGGUCACCUUUUGCCUCAUGACCAACCAGAGAGGAGCUUUGAUAUGAUUGACAGGUUCAUCACUAAACAAUCAUUUGACAAGUAAAGUCUCCCUUAGAUAUGAUGCGGUAAACUGUUCUCGUUUUUUUCUAAAUGAUGAUGUAAUAUGAUUCACAUUUCUGUUUCUUAUAACAGGGAGCUCAAUGAAUACAACACAUAGGAACUUUCUUGUGUGCGGUUUCCAUCCAUUUACAUGUCAAAUUAACCACAAUACCGGUAGCUAUUGCAGCAGUAUGCGCAGCAUGAAUUAAACAAGCUUUAAUACCAUGUAUUGCAGGCUAGUAACUGAC